AUGAACGGUCUCAGUGCAACACUUGUGCUCUGCCUUGCGGUCGCCGCUUACGGCUUCCCCGGAGAUGUGGAGACCCAAAUUGUCGGUGGCAAGGAUGCCGCAGUUGGUCAAUUCCCUUAUCAAGUGUCUCUGAGGCAAAAUGGAAGUCACUUCUGUGGUGGAUCUAUCAUUAACAACCGUUACAUCCUCACUGCAGCUCAUUGUGUCGAGGGAGACAGUCCCAGUAAAAUCACCGUACACGCUGGAACCAUCCGAUUGGACCAGCCCGGAGAUAUCUACGCAGCAGAGAAGAUCGUUACUCACCGCGACUUUAACUGGCUCAGCCUCGUCAAUGACGUGGCUUUGAUUCGCGUAAAUAAAAACAUCGCGUUCACCAAUUUGGUUAAACCAAUCGCAUUGGCUUCGGGCAGCAAAACCUACGAAGGAUCUGCAUGCAUUCUGUCUGGUUGGGGUACCACCAGAUUCAUACGCUAUUCGAAAUCUAACAGAAGAAAUAUACAUAUAUUGU